AUGACUGGAAUAAAUUCUACAGGCCUGGCAAUUGCAGGUUUUUCCUUCAUUGGCCUUUGCUUGUUGAUCCCACCUCUUUUUUACCAUAUCAGAUUUAGAAACAUUCCUGCGUGUACAUUGAUAUUCUGGCUUUGCUUCAAGAAUUUGGUUUCCUUCGUCAAUGCCGUGAUUUGGAGCAAGGACGACUUCUACACCGCAACAAAAGGCAAAGGUUACUGUGAUGUCACUGUGAGAAUUGCAAGUGGCUCCGCCUCUGGCGAGUUAUUGGCUAUAUCAUGUUUGAUGUUCAAUUUGUACAUGAUAAUCAGCGCCAGAAGCCAAAAGUUCCUCGACAACAAGUCAAACAGGAAAGUUCUCAUUAACCUUGCCAUGUGCUGGGGGCUUCCAUUGAUUAUUACAGGAAUCAGUGUUGCCGUGCAAAGCACAAGAUAUGUGAUUUUCCGCUAUCGUGGAUGUUCCGCAAUUUAUUACCCUUCGUACUGGUACAUCGUAUGUGUAUCCAUUUGGACCCCAGUUUGUGCGUUGAUUGGCCUCAUCUUUGCAAUUCUUACUAUGACCACCUUUUUCCUCAAGCGUCGUGAUAUUAAAGAUAUUUUACGCUGCACUAACUCCGGACUUAACCUCAGACGCUUUGCUCGCUUGAUCAUUUUCAGUCUCUUGAUCAUAUUUGCUAUGGUUCCUUUGGCUUUGUACAAUUUCAUCACAAGUGUCAACCAGUUGCGGCAUACGAAUGCGACAUGGACCAUUGAGAGAGAUCCACAUUGGUCUGAUAUUCUUGCGAUCGAUGCUGGCACAUCACAACUCGCGCCUAUAAUCAUUGACAUAUGUCUCUCAUUUUGUACAUUUGUAUUGUUUGGUUUGGGUAGCGAUGCGCUUGCCUUAUACAAGAGACUCUUUGUGGUUUGCGGAUUUUCUAGUUUCAAGCUGAAAUCCAAACAAGAGUUCAAGGUGUCCGAGCACUUCGCAGGAAACAAGCAAAGUACAAGAAACACCGUCGACUCUGAAAUGACAGAGGUAACUUCAACAAAAAAAGUGAAUAAAUCCAAGGGCUUGGUUCUGGUGAAAACUAUUGACUCAAAAAAUCUGGACUUCACUUUAUCAAACACAACACCAAAUGAUCUUGAAAUGGGAAGCUAUGACGACUAUGAAAUCGAGAGGAUAAUUAGAGGAGAUAUUGAAUCAGAUCCGCAGAUGGAGUUUGAGUUUAAAGUGAUCCAAAACCCAUAG